AUGAACUUGUUUGUUUUCCCCUCAGUUUUUACAGCAAUUUUUACAAAUCUCAAUGCCACUGGAAGAUAUGGUCCAACAACGGUGGGCAGUCACUACACAGGUCAGGAUCAUGACGGACAAGUUACACUGUCCAACGGUAUUCAACAAUGGACUGUGCCGUACACUAGUUUCUACAAAAUAAGAGCGAUUGGAGCAGCAGGAGGGUACGAUUCAUACCGUAACAGCCGUCAAUACCGUGGAAGAGGAGCAAGAAUAGUUGGAAUAUUCCGUUUAAACGAGGGUGAAGUUAUCCAAUUACUCGUAGGUCAAGAAGGAGGAAUAAACAAGAGGGAUCGAUCCUCUGGCGGUGGUGGAGGUACAUUUGUGGUGAGAGGAACCGACACACCUUUGAUAAUAGCUGGAGGCGGAGGAGGGAUAGAUUCUGCACAGUCAAGACAUGCAGGAUGUGACGCCAGCGCAAAGACAACAGGGUAUUCUGGAUAUAAGUCAUGGUCAGGAGGGAGCAAUGGGCAGGGUGCUCAAACUGCUGAUGAUGGUAACUCAGGUAAGAUAAUACUGUGAUGAUCCCAAACUCCUCAUUAAUGAAUGAGUUAACGUAUGCUUCAAAUUUAAAUCAUCGGCCCUAAUCCCUCACAAAACAAAAAAAGAAAGAAACAACAACCCUAAAAAAAAAACCUAAGACUUCCUAGGAAGAGGACCAGUUUAUAUCUCCAGGCAUAUAAAAGGUAGAUAUCAAAAUCUUAAACUUAAUGGAUGGCGGCUCGAUAGAAUUAAAUUAUAUACAGGUUUGAACACGCUGAUAUGGGUACAUUAAGGAUUUAAUUAAAAAAAGGGGCGUUUCGUUUACUAAGAAUUUACUCCUCAUUUUGUUGUUUUAUUUGUUCUCAGGUGGUGGUGGUGGCGGGUUUUAUUCCAGUGGAAGAAAUGGAGAGAAUUUCAAUGGAACCAAGGGAGAGGGCGGAGAAGGUGGUGAUGGAUUUCUUCAGGGAGGUGAGGGUGGGAGAUCUCUGGAUCACAAUAUUGUUGGUGGGUUUGGUGGAGGAGGUGGAGCUCAUGGACGGGCAGGAGGAGGAGGAGGAGGAGGGUACUCUGGGGGAAGUAGUGGAAGUGAUAGUCAUGAUAGCUGUGGGGGAGGGGGUGGCUCUUGCAACGAUGGAGAAAAACUGAAAAAUGAGUGUUGUUAUAACAAGGCUGGUCAUGGUCAGGUGGUUAUCACGUUGCUGUGA